UUUUUGAGAAUUUUAAGUCAACAUGUAUAGUAUUUAGAACCAAAAAAUAUGUUAUAAGUUAUAAUAAUUAUUAAUGCCGGAAAUAAAUGGUAACUUAAAUGGCAGACGUACGACUUCAAUCCCAAGAGCUAGACACAAGAGAUGAUGAAAAGACGGUGGUGUCUGAUGUCAACCAUGUAAAUGAAUCAAAUGUUGACUCUAACACCGACCUUAUUGCUGAUGUGAAUCUUCUAUCUAUAUCUGAAAAUAAUGUCCAUUGUGACGACGUAGGACAUAAUAAAUUAUAUUUAAAUUCUACAUUAUCAUCAUUGUCUAGUCAAUGUAAACCGUCAUCGUCGUAUUCAUCAAAUGCUGUAAAUAAUUGUGAGCUUACCGAAGACGUACAAGAAAUUGAUGGUGUCAAAUAUGUUUGUUAUAAAAAUGAGCAACAAAUGAAAGAUAUCAUGCGAUUAAUACAAAAAGACUUAUCCGAACCAUAUUCUAUUUAUACGUAUCGUUAUUUUAUACACAAUUGGCCUAAAUUGUGUUUUUUAGCUGUGGAUGUUGACAAAAGUGUGGGAGCAAUAGUAUGUAAGUUGGAUGCUCACAGAAAAGUUAGAAGAGGUUAUAUCGCAAUGUUAGCAGUGGAUGAAAAUUACCGAAAACAACAUAUUGGUUCUAAUUUGGUGUUGAAUGCAAUUGAAGCUAUGGUUAAUGAUGGUGCAGAUGAAGUUGUACUUGAAACAGAAAUUACUAAUAAACCAGCAUUAAAAUUGUAUGAAAAUUUAGGCUUUGUUAGAGACAAACGCCUCUUCUGCUAUUAUCUGAAUGGUGUGGAUGCUUUACGUUUAAAAUUAUGGCUCAGAUAAAUAACUAUGAAACAUUUUAUAUAAUAUUAUGCAUCAUAUGUUGAACAAAUAA